GUGACGGUGUGGUGCGGUUAUGUCGGCGGCACAUUCCGUUUUAUCAAAAGUUAAAACUCAAUCGCUUGUUUCUGUUUUGGUCAGUCAGCAGUUGUUAUCCGGUGGCGUUAGGUCUCUCGUCGUAGUCAGUACAGCGUCGCACACGAGGCGAGCAGAAAACGUGUGCUAGCGGAACAUGACAAGCUAAUCAGCAAUAAAAAAAAGUGGCGAAGAAACCGCAAAGAAAGUGUGAAAAAAAGUUGUAUGAAAAACAAAAAAAAAAAUUAAAGAAAAGAUAUUGAAGAAACGCCUAACUCAAAGUGUGUGAAUUUGUCUUCGAGACAUAAACAAAGUGUUGCCACAAAGUAAAUGCUGUCAAUUGCUCGGCAGCUAGUUUCAAAAACCGUUACUUUCAAAAAAGUUGUGCUACAGCGCGAAAGUGGCAAAUUUUUGCUAAAAAUCUAAAAAUAACAAAAAUAUAGCGCAUACAAAAACAACAAAGUGCAGUUCGUAAGUGUGUGUUGACAGUGUUUGUGCAUUUACCGUUAACUGCAACAUUUCGCGCUCAAGCAAUAUAUCUGAAAAGAUAUCCAUCGAACGUGACAUUACAAAAAAAACUUCUAAGAACUGUGACACACGCACACGCACACAGUUCUUCGUACGUUUAGUGCAAUCUAAUCAGCACAACGCAUUGCCAACGCUUAGCCGUUGCUUUUGAUUUUCCUUUAACGGUAUUUCCUGUAGUCCAAAGCCGGCGUUCAGCGCAUAAAAAUUAUCCAAAAUUCCGAAGAAUCCGAGAAAAACACCAAAACAGUCGACACGUACAGCGUCGUCAACCGGUACCGGUGGCAGCAGUGGUGGUGGCACCACUAAAAUGGCAUCGAAACGCAAAGCAUCGGUGCUGCUGCAUAAGGAGACCAUCCCAGCUGCAGCGACCACAACCAACACGGAUGCGACCGGCAAUGGUGGCGGCAGUGUCACAGGCGGUGUUGUGGGUAUUGGUGCCGCAGCGGGUUCGGUGGGUGGGAGCGUUGGCGGCGACAACAACACCGAAACGGAUCCCUAUGCCGGCUUAAUGAAGGAUGCGGACAAAUUGAAACUGAUGUUGUUGGCUUGGAAUUAUCAGAAUUCAAAUGCGGUACGCAAUGGCACUGAAGGACCCGAUUUGGGCGUUGUUGGCGGUUUGUGGGCACAAUACCAGAAUGCUUUGGCACAAAAUGUGGCGAACAACAAAAUGGACAUAUCCUUGUCGCCGGUGCCGCGCACAGAUGUCACAUCGCCCAUGGAGGCGCAGGAUGAGACGAACUCUUCGGGCCAAAAGGAGGAGGAUGAAGGCUCUGAGGAUGAUUCGGACGAUAAGCUAGACGAGAAGUUAGCCACACAUGACCCCGAACGGCUGAAGGCGUUUAAUAUGUUCGUGCGCUUGUUUGUGGAUGAAAAUCUUGAUCGCAUUGUGCCAAUUUCCAAACAGCCAAAAGAAAAAAUACAAGCAAUCAUUGAUUCAUGUGCACGACAAUUCCCCGAAUUUAGCGAUCGUUCACGCAAACGUAUACGAACGUAUCUGAAGUCAUGCCGACGGAACAAGAAAACACGCGAAGGCUGGGAUAACACCACCCGUCCAACACCAGCUCACUUGACGUCCGUGCAGGCGGAACAGAUACUGGCGAUCGCCUGCGAGAAUGAGUCCAUGAAUGCCAAGCGUAUGCGUAUCGGCCUGGAGCCCAUCACACAUGCCAUACCGGCGCCUGGUUCAGCCGUCGCUGCAGCUGCAGCAGCAGCGGCAGCAGCUGCCGCGGCCGCCGUGGCUGCGACCAGUUCCGCCGCCUCUGUGGGCGGCGUUGGUAAUUCCACCAUCACAUCGGUUUCGGCUGGCGAUGCCCUUUCCACCGUCACAACAUCUACGCUGCCGUUUGUUGGCGGCGGUGGUGGCGGCUUCGCACGUUCUACACCAAACUCCGAUGCCGCCGAACCACUCUCGUUGACACCAGCAGCUGCAGUAGCUGCUGCUGCGGCUGCAGCUGUGGCUGCUUCAACGGCUGGCGUUGGCGGUGGCAGUGGUGGCAUUAACUCAGCGCGCAGCUCACCGUUGGCGUUGAGUUCGAAUACAAGCGUAAGUGGCAGCACUAGUGGGCUAGACAUAAAGCCGCUCACAGCUGUACUAUCGAAUGGCAAUACGCCUACCAAUGGUACGGUGGGUGGGCUGGCCGGAUUGCCUGCCACAAGUCCACUUUAUCGGCCAUCAGAUUUCACUUCACCUUCAGCAGCAUCGCCAUUUGUAGCUGCUGCCGCUGCGGCAGUGGCUGCCGGUCGCACACCAACCUACCCCGGCUACUUUCCGGGUGUAGCAGGGCUUGGCAAUGUUGCUCCUACGGAUCUCUCCAUGAAACCAUCGUCCACCAGCACGUGUAUUACACUCACUACCGCCCCAACCACCGUCAAUACGAACAACAACAUCGGCGUGAUGGGUGUCGGCGCACCGAAUCUUACUAGUUUGGUCGCCACUGGUGGUCUUUCUAUCAACAAUAACAAUGCGCUCGUCACCGCCACACAGCAGCUGCAACAGCUGCAGCAACAGCAACAGCAGCAGCAACAACAACAACAACAACAACAGCAGCAACAGCAACAACAGCAGCAGCAACAGCAAGCAAUCAUGGCGAACAGUAUGAAUGCCAAUCAAAUGGUUGGUGGCUCAUUAAACGAUCCCAAUGUAGCAGCGGCUGCUGCCGUACGCCCACCGCCUUUACUGGCGCACAAACUGAGUCCCAACGAAAUUACGGCCGCGCGUCAGGUGAUCUCGGCGUAUCGGGAGAGCGCAGCAUUUCUGCUACGCACUGCCGAUCAGGUCGAACAGCUGCUUGUGCAACAACAGUAAAUGACCAAAUCGGCGCAAAGUUGCAUUUUAUUGUGUGGUGAAUAUCUAUGUGCGGUUAUUUAGUGCGGAAAGCUUAAUUUAAAAGUUUCCGUUUAUUUUAAAUAUUUUUUAAAGGCAUUACUUUUGAGUUUUUGUAGACGAAGUAGCGUUUAAUUUUGCUCAGCAAAAACGAAUUCAUUUAUCGCGAUGCAUGAAUUUUUGUAGGCAGCAUUUUCUAUAGCAGACAUAAACUCACCAUAACCCCUCUUAAGUGAGCGGGUUGUUCCUAUUUUAACAGUAAACAAAACACUUAUAAUAGCAGUAACCAAAACCACAAAAAAAUAGUCAAGUCAACAAAAAACCAAUGAAAUAAAUAAUUAAAAACAAAAAUAGCCAAAGCCAAAUGUUUAAAUGCAAAACUAUGUAAUAAAUAGAUGUUCUACUUGCAUUAAUUUUCUUGAACUACAAUAGCAGCCAAUAAUAUAUAACACUAGAUCUGUGUGACUAAACAAGAAUCUAACAUGGAUAUAUUCGGCUUCACUUAGAGCAGAUUGGAAUGUAGUUCAUUGAGAUAUUACGUUAAAAUCUACAAACUAAAUAACAUUUAGUCCCUCAGCUUUUGAGCAUUUUUAUGUAAUUUUAGUAAAAGUUCAUUUUAAGCCAUAGUGGCUCGUCUAAUAAAGCGAUUAAAGCGCUAAAAAGCAAUAAACAAAGCAGUAGUCUGACUUUUACUUACUGUCGCCACUAUGUGCUCAGAUUUAGGGACGAUUAAUCAGAUUAAUAAACUAUUUUUACUCUUUCUCAGCAGAAUUUUGUGUCUUAGCAGAUUUGUACAGCUUUCGAAAAGCUUUAUCAGCUCAUAUUUAUUCAAAAAUAAAACCAAGCAUAAAGUUUCGUAAGUUUGUUGAGAAUUACAAACAUGCUCAAUCAAUUAGUGAAUGGAAAAAAUAAUUAACUGUUCAUAGAAAAUAAUUUUAUGGAUUUUAAACAGAUUUAUAUGAGGUAAACAUAUAUUUUUCUUCUUCUAACUUCAAAUAUCCUCUAGAACAACGUUUAGUCACAUGAAUCUAUCUCAAAACAUAAAUAGAAAAUACGUAUUUACAUUUAAUGUGUAAAUCUCACUCUUGAAACCAAUCACAAAAUAAUAGUAAUAAAAACAACAAUAGCAGAGAGUGGAACGCAAUCGCAAAUAGUCAAAUACAAAAAUCGAGCUAAUGCUCGCGAGUGUAAAACUGUCACUUAAAAGGGCAUAAAAUUAUUAAAUUUUCUCUCAAUGUAAUGCUUUCUAUUGAACAUUUUACGUAAUAUUAUAAGGCUUUUUUGAAUUCUUAAAUGUCGCUUAUUAUUUGCUACAUAUGUAUCUCGAAAAUUUCUGUUUAAAUAAACUUUAUUUGAAAGCUAUUUGAUAGAAGGACGCGAAUUAGUAGUGAGUUGUAAAGAGAGAGCUUCAUUGUGUUAGACUUUGUAUCAUGAUUUUAAAAAAAAUUUCCUAAAUUCGUUUAAUUUUUGGGUAUUAAAAUAGUCUUGUUGAAAUUAUUGAAAUUUUUAUUAUUGAAGAAAUUGAAAACCCAACAACAAUCUAAGCGGUAAAAGCUCUUGUUCGGAGAUUACAGAGAAAAAAUUUGUUUAUAUUUAUAUUUCAUAAAAUGGUUUUAAAAAAUUUGCUUCACUUACUAUUUAUCCAAUUUUUUCUCAAUAUUUCGAAAAUAUUUUUUAUCAAACAAAUUUGCUUUCCACUUUGAUAAUCGCGUAACUUCUGAAAAAAGCCAAAAACUGCGAAAAUAUUAUGAAAAAUUUUAUACAGGGUGAUACUAAAAAAAUAUUAUUAGCAAAAACUACAGAAUGCAAGUAAAAAUAAAUAUGUAAAUUAUUAUAAUACAAUAUUUUAUUAGCUUAUAAAAAUCAGUUACUUAUAGC